GAGACAUGGCGAUCUCCUAUGUGCAUGUGUUCAUCUCUUUAAGUCAGUAGGCAAAUUUACCUACUGGACUGUGAAAAAUGAACGCCUGAGCAUUGCAGCAUUCAUUUGUUGGUUCGACGGCUUCGUCUGUAACCUCUAUGAAGGCGUUGGAUCGCUUUGUGCAAUCCCCUACCAGCGAUUUGCGUCUCAGUGACGUCCUUGAAUCCAUCCAGAGUGCAGACCCUGAAAAUGCUGGUGCUGUGUCAGAUACAUCAGAGUCAACUACAAGGUUCUACAGCACAUCUGCAGCAACAACUUCACGUGCAAUGAAUAAUCAAAUUCCUAAGAACGGACCAUAUGUCCGUAUUGUGGAGCAGCCAGCUCCCAAAGAACAUAGAUUCCGCUACAAAUGUGAAGGGAGAUCUGCUGGCAGCAUCCCUGGCAUCAAUAGCACUGAAGAAAAUAAAACCUAUCCAACAAUUGAGGUGGUGGGCCAUAAAGGAAGGGCAAUUGCAGUGGUAUCCUGUGUGACCAAGGAUGGACCUCCCUACCGGCCCCAUCCCCACAGCCUUGUGGGAAGGGAAGGUUGCAAAAAAGGAAUUUGCACCAUGCCUGUGGACCCCAACACUAUGAGAUUAGUUUUCCAAAGCCUUGGUGUUCAGUGUGCAAAGAAAAGAGACAUUGAUCAGGAACUCAAACUAAGGGAGGAAAUUCGAGUUGACCCUUUCCAGACUGGUUUUGGUCACAAGUCCCAGCCAGGCUCCAUUGAUCUGAGCUGCGUUCGCCUGUGCUUCCAAGUCUUCUUGGAAUCAGAGAAGAAUAAGUACCCCAUUCAGCUGGAGCCAGUGGUGUCAGAUCCUAUCUAUGGUAACAAAUCCGUGAAAGAUCUCUUCAUUUAUCGACUGUCGCACUAUAACAGCUCAGUGGCUGGAGGCAGGGAAAUGAUUAUCCUUUGUGAAAAAGUCAACAAAGAUGACAUUGCUGUGAAGUUCUUUGAGAAGAACAAAGCCAAUGAGGUGGUAUGGGAAGCUUAUGGUGACUUUCAGGCUUCAGAUGUUCACAAACAAUAUGCCAUCAUCCUUCGAACUCCCCGGUAUAAAAGUCUCGAGGUAAAGGACUUGGUGCUGUGUCAGAUUCAGUUGGAGAGGCCAAGUGAUGGGGAACACAGUGAACCACGAGACUUCCAAUAUCUUCCCCUCAAUGCAGGUAUCAACUGUCCACAUUCUCUUUCUCGCAAUCCUCUCCUCAGCAAGGCAUCAUCUUCGUCUACACACGACAUGUUCCGGCGCAUCCUCGCGGCUGACUCAGGCUUUCUUGUCAACAAUAUACGUUUUCUGUCUGAUGACAAGCCUGAAGGGCAAGGAACAUCAUCACACUCAGGAAUUGAGCAGUACUUUGAUACUCUUCGUUCAUACACGAAGGAGAUGAAAGCUGACCUGAAGGAUGUUGUAGGGGACCUGGAUUUGGUUCCGCAAGGGAGUCAACAAGGUGAUUCACCUCCUCCUCUCCCACCCAAGAGGCUUAAAAGACUACGAUCUGGACUGCCAAUUUCCAACACUGAAUCAAGUGGGGAUCCACUCCUCUAUCAUCAUCCUGCUCCACCUGAGUUUUUUGAUGAUGAUGAGAAGCUAGCCCUCUACACUGAUCAGGCCCCUCUUGCCAACAUGUCUGAAUUGGAUGACCUGGAGACACUUUCAUUAUACUCCCAGAUCCAUGACCCAAAUGGGAACUUGUCAACAAGUGUCCCUGAUGCAUAUACUGAACAGAGGACCAUGAUUGCCAAUAAUGAUAAUAAUAAGAAUAAUAACAAUGUUGAUGAGACAACAUCAAUAUACUCAUUUAUUACUGACCCUGAUUAUGUCCCCUUACCUGUUCUGGAUCUGUUUUGGUGUCUUGCAUUCAUUGCCUUAGAAUGGUGUGACCAGUGCAGGGAGGGAGGGAGAAAGAAGAAAAUUCCCAGGUUUUCACCCAAUCAUGAAUUGAACCAGUACCUAAGAGAAGCUGCCCCUCAGAGUAGUGUGUCAUACAGACUUUUUAUUGUCUUGGAUUAUGCAACCCAACCAUUGAGACUUCUUGAUAUUUCCCUUGGAGAGCAAGAGAUGGAAGCUGUAGUACAGAUUGGAGAUCUCCACUUGGAUGCAUCAUCCUUACUGGAUCACCUUACAGUGGCCCCCCCAAGCAGUCGUCCCAUGAAACAUGUCACACGCAAGCCUCGUGGCCGUACCCAAUCCUCUUCUGUUGCAGGUUCUGUUUCUCCAUCUCAUUGCCUUGGAGCUGUGUCUCCAUCUCUUCCACUUGAAGCCAUAUCUCCAUCUACCCCAGAAAGAGGAAUGUCUCCCUCACAUAUGGGAGCAGCCUAUAUCCCACCAGGCACUACACCGACUUUCACGCCUUCCUUACAAGACUCUCUGGCUCCACAUCUGUUGAGGAACACACGGUCUUUAUCAGGUGGAAGUGUGGUGAAGAUGGAGGAACCAAUGAGUGUAGCACCAAGCAUUCCAUACUCAAUUAACCUUCGGCCUAUUAUGCCAGUGGAAUUGGGAACCACUUCCAAUCAGGGGGAAACUGAGCAGAAUAUUUUGGACAUGGACAGUCGAGAGCUCAUUGGACAGUCCACCACCAUGGACCUUGCAUAUUAUCUCAACAUUUCUGGGGAACUGUCUGGUGUUUUGUCCAUGGAACAGAUGCCUGGAGGAGGUGCACCAAUGAAUCAUGGUACAACAGGAGAGAGAAUGACUGAGAGCAUGGAACUCAUCUCCUCCCUGUCAAUCAGCAGUCCAGAAGAGAAUCCACCCAUCUCUUGAGUGAAUCUCUUCUUUUCCUUUUUUAUGCAAAAGAGAACUUGUGCUUCUUUCUAACACAGUGCUUGGUCAUAUUGUUCUUAAUUUUUUCUGUUUCCUUCUGAUGCUUCAUAUGGUUAAUAUUCUUCCUGAUGUGCUUGGAGAUGAUGUGGAGUUUGCAUUUCUGUGAGUACUGUACAACACAUUCCAUGUUGUUGUGAUGUGUUCUUCACGGUGAAAGAUAUUCUUGCGCAAUAAAAGAUAGUUCAUGUUUCAAA